AUGGCCUCCUCGAAACCAAAACCCACCGUCCACCUCCUGGACACUGUUGCAGGCAACAUCCGCUCCCUCGUCAACGCAAUCGAGCACCUCGGCUUCGAGAUCCACUGGGUCCGCACCCCCACCGACCUCCUCACCGCCGAACGCGUCAUCUUCCCCGGCGUCGGCCAUUUCGGGCACUGCAUGAGCACCCUAACCGCCGCCGGCUUCACCGAGCCCCUCAAGGCCUUCAUCGCCUCUGGCAAGCCCUUCAUGGGCAUCUGCGUCGGCCUGCAAGCGCUCUUCGCCUCCUCCGCCGAGUCCCCCGGCACCCCCGGGCUCGGCGUAAUCCCCGGGAGCCUGCGGCGCUUCGAGUCGCGCGACAAGGCCGUCCCGCACAUUGGGUGGAACAGCGCGACGCCCGCGGCGGGGGCGCGGGCGGGGGCGCGGGCGCGGGCCGUGUAUGGCGACGGCCUGUGCGGGCUGAGGCCGCACUCAAAGUACUACUAUGUGCACUCGUACGCGGUGCCGCUUGGCGCCGUGCAGGGGUCUGGGUGGGACGUGGCGGUGGGGAGGUAUGGGGAGGAGGAGUUUGUGGGCGCGGUGGGGAGGGGGAAUGUUUUUGCGACGCAGUUCCAUCCGGAGAAGAGCGGGGUGGCGGGGUUGAGGGAGGAGGCGCGGGCGGUGACGGGGCUGACGAGGAGGGUUAUUGCGUGUUUGGAUGUGCGCGCGAACGACCAGGGUGACCUGGUGGUGACGAAGGGCGACCAGUACGACGUGCGCGAGAAGGCCGCGGCGGGCGGCGAUGUGCGGAAUCUGGGCAAGCCGGUAGAGCUGGCGAAGCGGUACUACGACGAGGGGGCCGACGAGGUGACGUUCCUGAACAUCACGAGCUUCCGCGACUGUCCGUUGGCGGACCUGCCGAUGCUGGAGGUGCUGCGGCGCACGAGCGAGGUUGUGUUUGUGCCGCUGACCAUCGGCGGCGGCAUCAGGGACGCCGUGGAUACGGACGGGACGAAGGUCAGUGCGCUGCAGGUGGCGACGAUGUAUUUCCAGAGCGGCGCGGACAAGGUGUCGAUUGGGAGCGAUGCGGUCAUCGCGGCGGAGGAGUACUACAAGCGUGGGAAGGAGCUGAGGGGAGAUACGGCGAUCGAGAGUAUCUCGGGGGCGUACGGGUGCCAGGCUGUCGUGGUGUCGGUGGACCCCAGGAGGGUGUAUGUUGCGUCUCCUGAAGCCACACCGCGGAACACGAUCAAGACGGAAAAGAGGGGGCCGAACGGCGAGGAGUACUGCUGGUAUCAGUGCACCAUCAAGGGUGGGCGCGAGGGGCGUGAUAUGGAUGUGCAGCAGCUGGUCCUUGCCGUGGAGGCCAUGGGGGCGGGAGAGAUCCUGCUCAAUUGCAUUGAUAAGGACGGCACCAACUCGGGCUUCGAUCUGGAGCUCAUCGAGAUGGUGAAGAGCACUAUCAAGAUCCCGGUUAUUGCGAGCAGUGGGGCAGGCAAUCCGAGCCACUUUCAGGAGGUGUUUGAGAAGACGACGACGGACGCUGCGUUGGGGGCUGGAAUGUUCCAUAGACGGGAGUACACGGUAAAGCAGGUGAAGGAGUUCCUGGCAGAGAAGAACCUGGUGGUGAGAGAGGUGGAGGAGUAUGAUCUGUAG